AUGGAGAUGGUAAUAAUAGUGUUGUUGAUCGUCAUGGCUAUUAUAUUCAUGGCGGGAUAUUUUUACAUGAUUCUUAUCUGGCAUUUGGUUAUUUCGGUAGUAGAGAAGAAUUGGCAUUGUGAAAUGCCAAUUUCAUUAUUGGUUGAGAAAUUGGCUGCAUUUGGGAAGAUAGAGAUAAUUUCUUUUGGAUUUCUUGGUGAUAAAACUACAUCAAUGGAAUCUUCAUCAUCAUCCGCUGCAUCAUCGAAGAAGGUGAUCUUGAAAUCAUCUGACCACGAGGAAUUCAUCGUGGACGAGAAUGUUGCACUACAAUGUCAGACAAUCAAGCACAUGAUCGAAGAUGAUUGCGCUAACAACGUGAUCCCUGUGCCGAAUGUGACGAGUGCAAUCCUGGUGAAAGUGAUUGAAUACUGCAAGAAGCAUGUUGACGCUUCUACUGCUACUGGUGGUGGUGGUGGUGGUGGUGAUGAACUCAAGAAGUGGGAUGCUAAGUUUGCUGAUGUUGACCAGAAUACCCUGUUCGACUUGAUCUUGGCUGCUAACUACCUGGAUAUCAAGAGUCUUCUGGACUUAACUUGCCAAACUGUGGCCGAUAUGAUCAAAGGCAAGACCCCGGAGGAGAUUAGGAAGACCUUCCAUAUCAAGAACGACUUCACCGAAGAAGAGGAGGCCGCGAUUAGGAAGGAGAACCAGUGGGCCUUUGAAUGAUCGCUCCAACUUCAUUAUAUUGCAUUUGCAGCCGCCAUUAGUUCACUACACCAUUAAUGCUGUUACUUGUUAGAUAGUUAUUAAUUGAACUUGUUUAAUUGAUUUUUGUUUUUACAUUGGAA